AUGGGCCCGGUCGAAGACGCCCCCGUCCUGGUCGAGCACCCGUCCUACGAGAGCACCUCGUCCCUCGCCAAGGCUGUUCCGCCCGACUCGGACACUAAGGAUGUCCGACUCAUCGAGUCCACCGAGCCGCAACACCAGCCAGUGUCCCAGAAGCUCCUCAAGCGCUACAAUAUUGCCUACGCCGUGACGACCUUUGGAAUCCAGACUAUUGCCUUCAUGGCUGUCGGCCACCACCCCGGUCAGCCGAAGGGCACUGGUUGUCCCGACACAGGUGCUCCCUGCCGUGUCCCAUUCGGCAAGGGCGACGUGAACCUCACCAGUCUGUUGCUGUACCUGAACGCCAUCGCCUAUGGUGUUAGCGGCGUGCUCACCCUCCUCAUCUCGGGCUGGGGCGACCACUUCUCUCUCUGUCUCCCUGCCGCUGGCCUCACCGCCUACAACUAUGCCAACUACACCGCCCUCAUCGCCCUGUACACCAUCUUCAGCAUCACCGGAUAUCUCGCCAUGGCGUGGAUGAACAUCUUCAUCCCAUAUACCAUGUACGCCGCCGCUCCCAUUGACGAACUCAGCACCCAAGCCAAGGUCGACGCUCUAGCCAAGACCGACGACGUUGAGGGCGAAACUCUCCGGGCCAAGCGCGAGAGGGAGGGUCUCAAGAUGUCCGUCUGGGGCGGCGUGUCCAUGAACGUGGCGACCGUCAUCUUCUACUGCAUUACCAUCGGUAUCUCAUACGCUGGCGCAACCGCCGCGCGCAACGCCGGCAUGUACAUGUCAACCGUUGCUGGCGGUAUCUGCAUCAUCUGUGCGCUCCUGGGCUGGCGGUUCCUCCCUUCACCAGGCAGCAAGCCCUACAACGGCAACUUCUGGAUGCUUCCGAUCCGAACGUUCGUCGAGCUCUGGCACGGUCUCAGCAAAUACCGAAACGCCAUGCUCUUCCUGAUCAGCUAUGUCAUCUACAACGACUCUCACUUCGCCUACGGCUCCGUCAUCGGCACGCUGUUCAACCUCAACGCGCGACCGAGUAUGGCAGAGUUCACCGCAUAUUCGAUCACCGGCACCGCGACCUCGAUUGUCGGCUCGCUCAUCUUCAUGUACAUCUUCCCCUACUCGCGCCUGUCCCUCCGGCACUGGGCGAUGAUCGCUUACAGUCUGACGAUUCUCACCACAUUCUUGUGCUGUCUGGGCAUGAGCCCCUCCUCCAAGGUCGGGUACAAGCACCGCGCCGAGUUCUAUGUGUUCCAGGUCAUCAUGAACCUGGCUGGCUCAAUCAUUUCGCCUCUGUUCCGUGUGCUGUUCUCUGAAAUGUUCCCGCGCGGCAACGAGAUCCAGUACUUCGGCUUCCAACUCGUGCUGUCUUGCGGUACGACCUGGAUUCCACAGAUUGCCAAUGCUCCCAUUGUCUCAGCGACCAACAACGUGCGACUUCCGGCUGUCAUCUCUCUUAUUUUCUUCAUCAUCUCGUUCGUGCUCGUCUGGCUAGUGAACGACAAGGAGGGUGUCGCGAUUAUCCGCCGUGAGGAGGUUGCCGAGGCCGAGCGCCACCCAGAGGCUCGCGACUGA